AAAUUGUGUAGGCCUGUAAAGACAAAAAUAUAGCCUACUGACAUGACCGUGCUCAGCUUGAGCUGAAGCCUCAUAACCUACUUCAGAACCACGGACAGCAACUGCGACCAACCACUGACCAACAACAACAGUGCAGUGUCAAACUCCCCCCAAAAAAACAGUUACGAAAUAUUGCCCUGAUGUGUCAAGCACGCGGAAAGAAUCUGCUAAAAUUUCACACUGUAGAAAAACGUCUCCCGGUCAUGGGUCUGUUGCUAACUUGCGGCUAAGUCCGAGUGUAAAUAUGCGGCUAUAUAUAUAAAACACUGAAUUAGCAUAUGCUUUCUUACGGCUUAAAAUACCACUACGGCUUAUCCCUGACUCUUUUAUAACGUUUCUGCCCCAUUCACGGCUGCAGCAGGGUUAUAGUUGUAACAUCCCGUGUGGAGGUAAAUCUAUCACAUGAUUGCUGAGGUCUCUCUGUGCUCCUCGUCUCCUCCUGAGCAGAAGGCAGCAGCAGGAGCCGCAGCAGCAGCAGGGGCUUCAUGUAAACACGCCGCGCACAGGGCUUUGUUUCACACACACUAGUCAUGCCAUGGAUAUUUUGUGGCAAUACCAGUUCAGGAUCAUUUUACUCGGGGAUUCGACGGUGGGGAAGUCGUCGUUGCUGAAGCGCUUCACGGACGGGAUUUACAGCGAUGUGGCGGAUCCUACGGUCGGGGUAGAUUUUUAUGCCCGCUCGCUUGAUAUCGAGCCCGGCGUGAAAAUUAAGCUCCAGCUCUGGGACACGGCUGGUCAGGAACGAUUCAGGUCCAUCACAACAUCAUACUACCGUAACUCUGUGGGCGGGCUACUAGUCUUUGAUCUCACCAAUCGCAAGACCUUUGACCAUGUGAGGGAGUGGCACAAGGAGGUGAGCGAGCACAUCCUGCCUCACCACAUGGUCUACAUCCUCAUCGGCCAUAAGAGUGACCUCAACAAGGACCGCAAGGUGAGUCGGGACGAGGCGGAGCAGCUGGCGGCCGAGAUGGGCAUCCGCUACGUGGAGACGUCGGCCAAGUGCAACAGCAAUGUGGACCGGGCCUUCGAGCUGCUGACCAGAGACAUCUACGAGCUGAUGAAGAUGGGGGAGAUCGCCACCCGCGAUGGCUGGGACGGGGUGAAGAGUGGCCUCACAGCCAAGGUCCUCUACCCGGCCGAGGACGAAGAGGAACUUGCUACCGCAACCGCUGAAAAGGGCUGCCACUGCUGACUCAGAACUCUCUGUCCAAACACUGUCCCGUCACACCAAGAGCUCACCUCGUUUCACAGCUGUCCAUUGAAACCAAGUCACUCAGGCUCAGCACCCUGUGAUAUCACCAUCCAUCACUCCCUCACCUUGUGCUUGUGCCCCCUCUGUGUGUGGGUUCUUCCGACAACUGGGAUUCUUUUCUAACAGGGGGCUAUUGUACAUCCUGAUGUGUAUCUUAUAGGCAAGUUGUAUCUCUAUAUUCAUGUGGUGUAGCAUGAGCCAACCUGUGUCGGGCCUUGUUAGGCUCUGAAAACACAGAGUGGAGGUGAUCAGGUGUUGGGGUUUAGAGUUCAGCCGAUACUCCUUUUCACAGCCCUGGAGUUAAUGAACUUCUGAGUAUACUGACGGUCCAGAUAAAUCCAUGGACUGUGACUUACUGGUCUGGCAUUUGUUGUGGGUUUCUACCUGUCAAAGUGUGUGUGAUUCUUUGCCUGAAAUCUUUUGUGACUGCAAGCUUGUAAAUAAUAGUGAAAUCUAUAGAGAUGAAAGCUUAAAGGUCACUGAAAGCUCUUUAAUUGAUAGUGUCAACAGACACAGUGCACUCUUCAAUAAGUGUCACCAUAUUAAAUCAAUGUGCUCCUCCU